AUGGCCGAACCGCUCCGCAGGACGCUCUCCAAGCUGCGGGGCAGAAGGUCCCAGCGAGGCGCGGCGGCGGGCGCCGGGCACCGCCACGGCGGGGUCUGCGCCCCGCAGGAUUUCAUAGAAAAUGUUUACAUAGCUUCGAGAAGCAGGAAGGAGCCCGAGUGCCCCCAGGCCGGCGAGGUGCCCGAGCACAGGCCGCAGGUGAACAGCAUCACCGUUUCCAAGAAACGCAGCUGGCUGCAGCAGAGCACCCACCGGCGGCCCCCUCCUCCCCUGGAAGAAGAAGAUGCCUGUCAGGAAGUGCCCGGGGCCGUUGUCCCGGUGCCCAGGUCUCCCGUGCCGCUGCCGGAGCCCGCCGUGCCCUGGGCUCCGUGCAGGCCGGCACGGAGCUGCGCCCCGCCGGGCCCGGCCGCGCUGGGCAGCGCCGCCCCCGACUGCGGCGAGGACGGCGACGCGGAUGAUGAAGGAGAAAUAUGGUACAACCCCAUCCCUGAAGACGAUGAGCCCGACUUGCCCGGGGUGCACCCUUCUGCUGUGAAUAGCCUUGUUGCUGGGGGCUCCCCAUCGGUUCGGUACAAAGCCCACGCCGGGGGUGACUGUGGGGCGGCCGUGAGUCCCCAUGAGGGAGCCGCACGCCCCGCGGAGGGCGCGGGGGGCGGCCGGGCGGCACAGCCCGCUGAGGGCGGCCCGGCGGAUGGCGCCCAGCCCGGGGAACACCCGCAGCAGCCCCUGCCGAGGUUUGCCUGCAAGGCUCCCGCUGUGCCAGCAGCAGAGGACAAUCCUGCCUUCAAGUGUCCUUCCACAGGGUUUGGAGCUGCUCUUGCACGCAAACCUGAUAUACCCUCCACAGAGGUUUCUCCUCCAAGUCCCAGUCCCCUGAAAAAAAGCGGAUCAAUCAACUGGCCUUUCCCUGAUAGAAUUAAAUCUCCCAGGACUGUGAGAAAGCUUUCCAUGAAAAUGAAAAAGCUGCCAGAGCUGAGCAGGAAGCUGAGUGUGAAGGGAAGUUCAAGCCAUAGUAGUUCAGAUAAUCAUCCCUCCCUGCUGAAAAGUAGCUGCCGGGAUACAAGCCAUACAGUGUCUUUGCCUUCUUCUGGAAACUCCACCACAGCUGCCAGCAGGAAUGUCAUAAGCCGUUACCAUCUUGACAGCAGUGUGUCCUCACAACACACCUACAAAAAGAAGAGCUUGAGGAGCUCCAAAUCCUUCAACAAAGGUGGUUACCUCAGUGAUGGUGACUCUCCUGAACUUAUAACAAAAUCAGGUAAACACAGACAUGACACCAAGUGUGGGAAAGGAAAGGAGAGCCUUCCAAGUAACAGUGGUAAACCUGAAAUAGAUAUCGAUGCCUUCAGACACUACAACUUUUCUGAUCAACCCAAGUGCUCUCAGUACAUCUCUGGACUCAUGAGCAUUCACUUUUAUGGUGCUGAAGACUUAAAGCCACCACGAAUAGACUCAAAAGAUGUCUUUUGUGCAAUACAGGUUGACUCAGUAAACAAAGCAAGGACUGCCCUGCUCACAUGUAGGACAACAUUUCUUGACAUGGACCACACAUUCAACAUAGAAAUCGAAAAUGCUCAGCACUUAAAGCUGGUGGUGUUCAGCUGGGAACCCACCCCACGGAAAAACAGAGUGUGUUGUCAUGGAACUGUGGCUCUUCCCACUCUCUUUCGGGUCACCAAAACACAUCAGCUGGCUGUCAAGCUGGAGCCCAGGGGGCUUAUUUAUGUCAAGCUGUCACUCAUGGAGCAGUGGGAAAACUCUCUUGAUGGCCUUGACACAGACCGUGAGCCUGUGAUGUUUGGGGUGGAUGCUCGGAAAGUUGUAGAGAAGGAAAAUGCAGGCUUGAUGGUGCCACUUUUGUUGCAGAAAUGCAUUCUGGAGAUUGAAAAGAGAGGCUGUCAGGUGGUGGGGCUGUACCGGCUCUGUGGCUCGGCAGCGGUGAAGAAGGAGCUUCGAGAAGCGUUUGAGAGGGACAGCAAGGCUGUUACUCUCUGUGAGAGCCAGUACCCAGAUAUUAAUGUCAUAACAGGUGUCCUAAAGGAUUAUCUGCGAGAGCUGCCCUCUCCCCUGAUAACCAAGCAGCUCUAUGAAGCAGUGUUGGAUGCAAUGGUGAAAAAUCCCUUGAAAAUGACAGCCAGUGGUUGUGAGAAUGACCCAAGUGACUCUGAGCACACAGCAGCCCUUCUGGAUUGCCUGCCAGAUGUUGAGAAGGCUACCCUGAAGAUGCUGUUGGAUCACCUGAAGCUGGUGGCUUCUUACCACGAAGUGAAUAAGAUGACGUGCCAGAAUUUAGCUGUGUGCUUUGGCCCUGUGUUACUGAGCCAGAGGCAGGAGACCACCAACCAUAACAACAGAGUCUUCACAGACUCAGAGGAGCUUGCUACUGCCCUGGACUUCAAAAAGCACAUAGAGGUUCUUCACUAUUUACUGCAGCUGUGGCCAGUUCAUCACUCGCCUGCCAAAGAGCCAGCGCAUCUGAGUGUGUUUCCUGAGCACUCCUCCUGCCUGAAUUACCUGAGGCCCAAGAGGCAGAGACCGCAGGUGCUGAAUCUGAGCAGUGCCGACAUGUCGGGGGUGCUCAGACCGAGGCCAGCCGGCCUCGACAGCCCGUCCAGCAACCGCUAUGCUGGGGACUGGAGCAGCUGUGGGGAGAACUACCUGUUAAGCCCCAGGGACUGCCUGGGGGAGGCAGACUAUGAUGAUGUCCCUUCCGAGGGCACGGAGAGCGGGGAGGACAGCGGCAGGGCCGAGGAGCCGGACGGCCCCGCGGGACGCCCGCAGCCCGGCCCCACAGACCUCCCCUGUGGGAGCUGCCUGGCGGUGCCAGCCAUGGACUCUGCAGUGGAUCACAGAGCACACCUCAAGGACCUGCAGGAAAGUAUUGAUACUCUCAUAGGAAACCUGGAAAGGGAACUCAAUAAAAACAAACUAAAUAUGAGUUAUUAAAUCCUGUCCUGCACGACAUCUCCUUGUGCCUCCGUGCCCCGUGUUGGGCUUCCCUGGCUGAGUGAGGAGUGAUGGUGCCCCUGAGCACCCCGUGGUAAGGCCAUGGCCCACCUUGUGUUAGCACAUUUGAAGCCAUUCCAUAAUGUUUCUGCCUUUCUCCUGGAAGGUGUUGUCCUGAUUUGUGUUGGAGCCAAGCUUAGGCUGUAAUGUGAUUCCACAUAGUGACGUUUCUCCCCAAAAACACUAUGCACUUAGGUGGCCUGGGCAGUACCUGGUAGAAGAUAAAGCAACAUCUCUGCUGGCAGUGGCAGCAGAAUUCCUCAUUCCUGAACUCCUGGCUCUGGUACAGAUGUUCCUCUCAGAAGAGGAUGAACGCUGCUUGGCCUGAGUUUUGCAGCAGGGACUUCAGAUAGACUUGUUUUACUAUAUAUGCAAUGGCUGCUAUGAAAAAUGCUUUAUAUAAUAUUUAUAUAUAAAGUUUUAAUUGUACAAAUAUUAACGUAUUACUGUAUUAACACUUUUCAGUAAUUAUUUAAACAAGCAAAAAUAAAUAUUUUUCUAACCUUGUUUGUAUAUAUCUAUGUAUAAAUGUGCAUGUGUCUGUAGCCAUCUUUGUAAAGGAAAGGUCUCAAAAUUAUGAAAUGUUCCCAUUUCCAGGAAGAAUGUUCAGUGAUGCCAGGACAAGGUUACCCUUUGGGUAAUACAUUGCAUUUGAUUUAUGCACAGAAACAUGGCCAGAGAGAAGGUAGGGUGAAUGAUUAAUGUAAAUGACCUUGUGUAUUGCAGGAACAGCCGUUUGCAGGUGUUGACUAUUAACUUUCACACACACACACAUCACCCUUUCUCUGUUUGUUUGGUUUGGUUUUUUUUUUUUUCUUCAUUGUUUGUUUCUUCCUCCAUGGUUUUUUUCACAUAUAAAGAAGGUCUGGAAGGUAUUUACUUUUCAAAAAAUAUUUUUUGUUUUUUCUUUAUAACAUCUUGCUUUGUUUUUUGAUGUUUUGGUACGUUUUUCUCUUUCCAGAGUUUCAUGUAUUCUUCUUGUGGUACUCUUGGCUACUGCUGAUAGUUAGAUGCAUUUGAGCCCUCUCUAAAGGGUUGUGGCUCUGGAGAUACAAGAUACAAGUUCAGCACCAAGCCAGUUACUUUUUUUUUUUUCUUUUUAAAUUACUCUCCCUAAAAUGGAAGCCAGAAUUGUCACAUGAGGUUGAAGGGGUGGAAUGAUAUUACUUCUGGGGAGUUUGGGUGGGAUUGCAGUUCACUGUGACCUUAUUAAAUUCAGCUAUCACCAUCUGGUCAGAGCCUCUUUUAUCUCUAAGUCAUUUAUGGUGAGCCAUUAAACAUUUCCUGUUAAGGAAACACAUUCUUGAUUCAGGUAAAAAUAGUCACCAAAUUGUAUAGAGGUGUUUUGAUAGUCCUUCUAACCAAAAGGAUGUACAGAGUCAUUCCUUGUCCUCUACAGGUCACAUACACACCCCCAGGGAAGGGGGGAUUUGGGCUGGUGGGGCUGAGAAAGCUUUGGUAUUUUCAGAGGUCAGUUGCUGCCAGCUGGCAGGGUAGAAAUUAAUUCUACAUUUUUUUGGUACGAUUUUUGACAUCCCACCAUGGCUUUCCAUUCACCCUGUGGGUAAGUGCUUUUCUGCUAACCUGUAUUUCCUUAUACUCCUUAAUUGAAGAGUUAUUUAUUUACAGUAGCAAGGAAUUAAGAAUUACUGUGGCAAACUUCACCCCUCUUUUCUAAGGAAUUAUUUUAGCAUGGUUCCAAUGGGUUAGUCGAUCUCACUAAUUUAUUUUUAUAAGUGUUAAAAGAUGCAAAACAAUUAUUGCAAUAUAAUGAUAUGAAUGAAAAUGUAAAUUUAACCUGAAGCAUUUAUCAAUAAAUUGAUGUAUUUUUUUAAACUUUUAUACCUACAGAAUGUGCAUACUUUUUAAACUAUAAAUUUAAAUUCUAAAUAAAAUUUGAAUUAAGAACAAAA